GCUCGAUGUUGUCGUCGCGCGAAGUGUGCGACGGGUGUGAAUACUAAAGAGGCUUAAUAUUUUCGGCUGGUAACAUUUCGUGGAUUUGAAAAAUAUAAAAAAACAAAGUUGCUGUAUUUUUUUUCGUCUUUAUUUUUUUUAACAACGCUGAUAAUUCUACGAAAGGGGACAUCGAGCGAACGAGGAUGAAGAAAAUCGGUUUGUUCCGAACGGGCCUGUACUUGCUGUCCACGGUUCUGGUUGCGAGUUCACUUUCCCCAACGUUCCAGCACUUCGACGUUUCAGAGUAUGUGUACGGUGUAGAUCAUGAUCUACAGGCGAGGGCACGUGCCGCCGUCGAGGCCGAGAGGUACGCGGCUCAGUCGAGAUCCUGGCUGCAAAAUAGACUGGGGGCCGAUGGAAUACAGUGUAGGCCUAUACCAGAGAGGCCAUGUCCUCCGAGCAAAUACAGAACACCCUCGGGUGCCUGUAACAACGUGAGACAUGCCGCGUGGGGCGCCAGAGGCUCACCCUUCCUCAGAUUUAUGACUCCCUCGUACGAAGACGGUUUUUCGAGACCGAGACAAUCGGUUACAAGGCACUCCCUACCCUCGGCAACGGAAGUGAUCGAACGAGUGGUUUCCGGCGGAUCUUCUUCGGCUGGUCAUCACGAGGGCUUGACGAGUUUCACGGGAGUGUGGUCGGAGCUUUUACUGCGCGACAUUAGCUCACCGGUUCGGCCAUCGAUGCGUGAGAACCGUUGUUGCGACAAGAGCUUCGAUCAUUACGAGUGUUACGCGAGCAUAGACGGGGAGGAAGUUUGUCGUCCGUAUUACCGAACAGUGCCGACGCUGAGCGCUCACAGCUGUAAAUUCGUAAGUCGCGAGCAAAUGAACGGCGCGACUGGUUAUUUGGAUGGGAGCGAUAUUUACGGAAAUACAGACGAAAAAUUGCAUCUUUUGAGAACCUACGAAGACGGCAAAGUCGAUCCGGAGGCCUGUCAAAUAUGUAACGUCACUUCGAGCGCAUCCUCUUUGGGGGAGUUGUACAGAGUCAUCCUCCACGAGCACAAUCGCAUCGCCACGUACCUCGCCGAAUUCAAUUCGGAGUGGGACGAUUCGAAAAUCUUCCUCGAGGCACGUCGCGCCGUCGUCGCUCAGCUACAACACGUUACGAUCAACGAAUUCGUCCCGAGCGUUCUCGGGGAAGCAGCCAUUACCGAUCGCGAAUUGAGGCCCGUCACUCGCGGAUUUUACCAAGGUUAUUCCUCGGAAAAUCGCGCAGGCGCUUUCGACGCCGUAGCACUCGCCGCGCUCGAGGCUCUCGCUUCCAUGGGCAGAGAAAACAGCCGGACGAAUUCUGCCCCGAAACUCGGUAAUCACGUCGCAAAGCCGGCCAAAAACGUAAAUCUCGACGGCCGCGAAUCUCCCGUGGAUCCGAGAUGGAGCGCGGCUGCGCUUCUCGUCCACGCUGCUCGCGAUCACGGAAUUCCGGGCUACGUCGAGUUCGUAAAAUACUGCAACAACGGUUACAGCCAAAUAAAGAAUUUCACGGAUUUCGAAAGCUUCAUGAGUCCUGCCGAGGCGAGGAAACUCGCGACGGUGUACUCCAGAGUCGAAGACGUUGAUUUGCUCGUCGGCGGUUCUUUGGAAACGCCGAGGGAGGGCGCAGCCGUCGGGCCGACCUUUGCGUGCCUGCUGCAAAAACAAUUCGCCAAGCUCCGAAAUUCCGAUCGUUUCUGGUACGAAAACGAUCUGCCGCCUUCGAGUUUGAGCAGCGAGCAAAUCGCGGCGAUCAGACAGGUUUCCCUCAGCGGAAUGAUCUGCGCUCACACAAUAAUACCGAGGAUUCAACCGAAGGUUUUCAUCCAGCCGGAUCCUUACUUGAACGCGAAAAUAAGUUGCGACAAGUCUGCGAUUCUCGACCUGAGCGCCUGGAAAGAGGUGCAAGUACCGGUCGCCGUGCCCGAGAUCACGAACGAAAUGGCAGCUCCGCAAAAGUCGAGUUUCGUGGCCGAAUUGCCGCCCGAAGUAAUAGCGGCGGCUGUGAAAAAAGCCGAGAACGAUUUGCUCGCCCGUAAACAGUUGGAAUACAACUCGUGGCUUCAGCAGAGAACAGCCGAUCCAAAAUCACCGGCGGGAACGGCGGCGAGCUUUUCCAAAGCGAACAAAGACGCGCUGCUUCUGGCAAACUCGUCGAUACUCUACGAACUCGCAACGAACGAGAUAGUGAACGGUGUUCACGGACUGAGACGCCGUAAGCGUCAGGCCUUCGACUCCGGUGACAACAUCCUCAACUUCCCAGGCAGCGAUUUUUCUGACCUUCUCCAAAACGUUGACAUAUCAGGUUUCCUGCCGGCGGGCAAAGCUACCAAUCACGAAGAGAUCGACUGUCCGGCUGACGAGAGUCCGUGCGACCCCACAACGCCCUACCGCACGUUGACCGGGCAUUGCAACAAUUUGCGUAACCCAACCCUCGGUCAAUCGUUGACGACGUUCGCCAGACUUUUGCCACCGGUUUACGAAGACGGAGUUUCGAAGCCACGCAUGAGCUCGAUCAACGGAUCGCCGUUGCCAAAUCCACGCGUCAUCUCGACGACGAUCCAUCCGGACAUAUCAAAUCUGCACAACCGUUACACACUCAUGGUGAUGCAGUUCGCCCAAUUCCUGGAUCACGAUUUGACCAUGACUCCGAUCCACAAAGGCUUCGCGGAAUCGAUACCCUCGUGCAGAUCCUGCGAUUCGGCGAGGACGGUCCAUCCCGAGUGCAAUCCUUUCCCGAUACCACCGGGCGAUCAUUUCUUCCCAACGAUCAAUGAAACGAGCGGAGCAAGAAUGUGCUUCCCUUCGAUGAGAUCGUUGCCUGGACAGCAACAUCUCGGUCCGAGAGAGCAAGUCAACCAAAACACCGCUUUCCUCGACGCCUCGGUUAUUUACGGCGAGAACAAAUGCAUCGCUGACGUUUUGCGCGGCUUCACCGGCCGGAUGAACAUAACGACUCAUCCCGUCAGGGGGAAAGACCUGCUCCCUCAGUCCGCCACCCAUCCCGAGUGCAAAGCUGCUUCGAAGUACUGCUUCAUCGGCGGCGACAGCAGAGCUUCCGAACAGCCUGGAUUGACGGUGAUGCACACCAUGUGGGUCCGCGAACACAAUCGAAUAAUGGAAGGUUUGAGACGAGUUAACCCACACUGGGACGGCGAGAAACUCUACCAGCAGACUCGUCGCAUCGUCAGCGCAAUGUUCCAGCACAUAACCUACAACGAAUUUCUUCCCCGUAUCCUCGGCUGGAAUGCGGUCAGUCUUUACGGCUUGAAGCUCCUGCCCCAAGGCUACUACAAGGAAUACUCUCCGACCUGUAACCCCAGCGUGCUAAACGAAUUCGCUACAGCUGCUUACAGAAUCGGGCAUUCUUUGCUCCGACCGCAUUUGCCGCGAAUGGACCACAAUUACCAGCCCAUGGACCCGCCGAUUUUGCUGCGCGACGGUUUCUUCAAUCCCGACAUGCUCUACCAACAGUCCAUGAUCGACGAAAUGAUAAGAGGCCUCGUAGCUACGCCCAUGGAAACAUUGGAUCAGUUCAUCACCGGUGAAGUAACCAAUCACUUGUUCGAGCAGCACAACAUUCCUCACUCGGGUAUCGAUCUCAUUGCGUUGAACGUUCAUCGUGCCAGAGACCACGGAAUUCCGUCUUACAACAAUUAUCGAGCUCUCUGUAAUCUCAAACGUGCCAACACUUUCGAGGACCUGUCAAGAGAAAUGACGCCCGAAGUUAUCGCAAGAAUGAAGAGAAUCUACGCUUCCGUCGACGACAUUGAUCUCUUCCCGGGUGGCAUGAGCGAGAGGCCUUUGCAAGGAGGCCUCGUCGGACCAACCUUCGCUUGUAUCAUCGCCAUACAAUUUAGACAAGCGAGAAAGUGCGAUCGUUUCUGGUACGAAACCGACGAUCCGAAUAUACGCUUCACCGAACCACAGCUCGCCGAAAUACGAAAGAACACACUGUCCAAAGUCAUCUGCGAGAACAUGGACAGUCACGUCGAAAUGCAAAGGGCUGCUUUCGACUUACCCAGCAAUUUCUUGAACCCACGCGUACCAUGCGGAUCCAUGCCCCACAUGGACUUCGGCCCUUGGGCCGAAACUCGCCACGGUUGCCAAAUCGGUAACAGAAAUGUAGCCGUUGGCCAGUCCGGAUUCCCUACACCUUGCACCAGCUGCGUUUGCACCAACGAAGGAACUCAAUGUGCUUCGCUUCGAAUAACCGAUUGCAACCAAUUAUUGCGAGAGGCAUCUCGCGAGGCGAUACUUCGUGACGACGUUUGCACAGCACAAUGCGGUUUCGCUCUUGCAGCAUCCGAGUCAACGGCGAGACUGCAGUUUUCGUCAUCGAACACAAGAUUCUCAGGUUUUUCGUCGAACCACAAUGGCCUAAGAGGACCGACGACACCAUCGAGUUUCAACGGUUUUAAGCUACCCGAUCUCUCUCAGUUUAUCGGUUGAACAAACUUUUCGAACACUGGCAAAUCGUUCGUUUCCUUAAAGCCAUUACAAUAGAAGAAAGUGAUGCCGAAACGAAAUUUAAUAUGUACAGUUUAAUUAAUGAUUUAUUUUUACUGCCCAGUUUUUUGUUUUCGACCAUUGUUAUCAUUAUUUUUAUCACUGAAAGCAAACGAAAAAAAAAUAUCGAACUCAAAGACGAAAGAAGUUCGUCCGAUCGGUGGUUGCUAGAGUUGUGUACGAUCGAUCAGAAUCUGUACAGUUUUUUCACUCUCAAACAGCCGAUGGUGAGUUCGAAGCAAAUUUUUUUUUUUUUUUUUACUUUCUGGAGUAUCUCCAGGAGAGAGUGAGGACGAGAGAUUAUUCUAAAGGCGUGUAAAUAUAGGCUUUAAGUUGCGUGUAUGUAUCAAGAUUUUUUUAUUUUUAUUUUUAUUUUUUUUUCAUUUGAGGAAUUAUGAUAAUCAGGAGAGCAAAAGAGUGGACGUGAAAUGUCAAUUUAAGCAUGUGAAAGAGAUCCCGCGGCGUGAAAGUUGAUCGAGGUACACAUGUUACCGCAAUAUCCACGAAUAACAAAUCGCGACAGUCCCGCAAUUUGUCGACAGAGAGUAAGAGAGCAAACGUAUGACGAUUUAAACGUACAUUUCAUAAAUGUGUACGUGUCAAUUCAAACACUCCAUCAAACUCUGGAACUCGGGAUCCACGAAUAUAAUUUGUUUCGAUUUCCUGCCGAAUGAGAAAUUCCGUAAACACCCCGAGUUCUUUGUAAAAUUUAAAAAACAAACAAAGCAUAACGAUUUUGUUUUUCAUGAAAAUUCUACUGCUGCGGAACACUCGUCGAUGAAAAAAAAUAUCCAAAGGAUCAUAACAAAACGUUCCCUUCCAUUGUGCCACGAAAAUAUGAAAUUCUUUUCCCGACUGCAUUUAUUUUUGUUCGAGAACGAACUCAUUUCUAGAUGAUGGGCUAAGAUAGGUCCAUAGUAAAACCUUAUCACGGAGUAGCGAUAGAUCUACAGAAAAUACAUGGAAACUGAAAAACAGGUCCAAUUAUCCGAUAACUUUUCAUAUCUUAUUUGAAAUAUGAUUGAUUUGUGUUACAAUCGUGUGAAGAAGUUUUAGUGAAUUCGAUUUCAUACAUUUGUUGUAUGUAAUUUACAAAAAUUCUAAGUUAUUAGAAAUUGUAGUUGCGAGAACUACGUUAGGGCGAAGUCGAUAUUACUGAUUUUAACGGAGCUCAAGUUGACCACAAAUAAAAUAUUGGGUAAUUAUUACUGAACCCAGACGGGCGAAAUGUGUUUUUGAUCCGCCUGAAUGCAAUAAUAAUAAUUGAUGUACUUGUAUCAUAUGAAAAGAAACCUCUGUUAGCAUCAAACAAAUAAUUUUGUACAGGCAAAUUACCGGAGCAACUGUUUGGAAAAGAAAAAUUAAUUGCAAAAUUCGUCGAACACUCAUAACCGAUCAUUUUAUCUGAAAUUGGACUAUUUUGUUUUCGAUUUAAGAUGCCACUCUUUGAAAUUCUCAUUUUGUACUAGAAUUCUCCAAUUAUAAUAGGCACCUACUUGUUUCUCUCAUUCUGAAUCUUGUAAUGUAUAAAUGAAUUUACAAAAAUAUAUUUUUUACGUUUUUAAUGUAUGUGAACCGUGUAACAGUAAUAAACGUAUGUUUCUUUAUUUCUA